CUCGGUAAAUCCGCAGUGUCUACAAAUCGGCUGUAGGGCGGAUUUUAGGUUUGUGCUCGUGAUCGCGGCGUGUGUCUCAGACGCUGAUCCGCUCUCACCUCGGAGGGGUUUAUUCCGGGGAGAGAGUGAACUUCUGCUCGGGGAUUAGUCCGGAGAGUUUCAGCUGAAAUGUUGAGCAGGAAAUCGGUGGAGGGGAUCAACAGCAGGCAGGCUGAGCUGUCAGGCUGAGAGAUACACACACACAGAGUGUUUAAGGUUUCCUCAGAAGAGAGACGUCUUUGAUUCCUUUAGAAGACCUCCAUCAGGACACGUCAUGUCGAACCCGGGUGUAAAUGAGAACACUCCUCUUUUGGACAGCACAGGGAGUCUUUACAGGCCGGAGUCCAUUUUCCGAGGGCGGGGCCUGGCCUGCGCCGCCAUCCUGCUGGCCGAGUCUCUGGAGCGCGUGGCUUUUUACGGCAUCACCUCCAACCUGGUGCUGUUCCUCAAUGGCAGCCCGUUUUACUGGGAGGGAACGCUAGCCAGCCAGGCGCCGCUCAUUUUCAUGGGUGUGACUUAUCUGGUGUCUCCGUUCGGCGGCUGGUUGGCCGACGCCUACCUCGGAAAGUUCUGGACCAUCGCAGGGAGUUUCGUCUUGUAUUUACUGGGGAUGCUGCUUUUUCCCUUCGUGUCCAGUGAUAACACUCGGGUGGGGCUGUGCGGAGAGGAGAUGGCGUUUCCUGUCCAGCCGGUGGAGUGUUUCAACACGAGCACCUCACUUCCUGCCAACGUCAGCUGUCCGACCCGGAAGGCCUACUGCAGCCCUGUAAUCUACUCGGGCCUGGUGCUGGUGGCUUUGGGCGUGGGAGCGGUGAAGUCCAACAUCACGCCGUUCGGAGCGGAUCAGGUGAAGGACCGCGGCCCAGAAGCCACGCGGCGUUUCUUUAACUGGUUUUACUGGUGUAUUAAUCUGGGCGCUAUCGUGUCCCUGGGUGGUGUCGCGUACAUCCAGCAGAAUAUCAGCUUCUCCGUGGGCUUCACCAUCCCCACCGUCUGUCUGGGAAUCUCUCUGAUCGUCUUCCUCCUGGGACGCACUGUCUUCAUCAUGAAACCUCCAGACGGCAGCGCGUUCACACACCUGGUGAAGAUCCUGGGAUCGGCCUGCUGUGGAGGACCUGCAGAACCUCAACUGCUCAGGCCAAAGCCGAGUCUGCUGGACGGAGCGAAGGUGGCCUACGGAGGGAGAUUCUCUGAAGAGAAAGUAGAGGAAGUGAAAUCGCUGCUGAAAAUCCUGCCUGUCUUUCUGGCUCUCAUCCCUUACUGGACCGUCUACUUCCAGAUGCAGACGACGUAUUACCUGCAGAGUCUCCACCUACUCAUCCCCGGCACCGAGGCCCAAAACUCCACAGAGCUGCAGCAGACACACUUUAUCUUCCCAGCUGCCUGGUUGACGAUGGUGGACGCUGUGUUGAUCCUGAUGCUGAUUCCUCUGAAGGAUAAAGUUGUGGAUCCCAUGCUGAAGCGCCGAGGCCUGCUGCCGUCCUCGCUGAAGAGGAUCGCCGUCGGAAUGUUCUUCGUCAUGUGCUCCGCCAUCGCUGCUGGUAUUUUGGAGACAAAGAGGUUGGAGAUCGUUCACUCUCAGGAUCCGAUCAGUCAGGACCUGGGUGGAGUGACGUAUUACGCUGCCAACCUGCCGAUAUGGUGGCAGAUUCCUCAGUAUGUCCUCAUCGGCAUCAGUGAGAUCUUCGCCAGUAUCGCAGGGUUGGAGUUUGCGUACUCGGCGGCUCCUCGCUCCAUGCAGAGUGCUAUAAUGGGUCUGUUCUUCUUCUUCUCUGGUAUCGGCUCCUUCGUGGGCUCGGGGCUGCUCGCCAUCGUCGCUCUCAAACCCAUCGGCUGGAUGUCCUCACACCAGGACUUUGGAAACAUCAACAACUGCACACUGAAUUAUUAUUUCUUCCUCCUGGCCGGGAUUCAGGGCGUCACGCUCCUCCUCUUCCUCAUCGUCUCGGUCAAAUACGAUAGGCAGAAAUCUAAAGCCAACCACAGGUCCUCAUUCAACUCCUGACCCACACACACACACACACACACACACACACACACAACACAUACACACACACACACACACAACACACAUUUCCCAGCAUGCCUCAGCCUGUGUCACACUACCCGCCUGCAGUUAUUUAUAUAUUUAACAUUUUUCUCUCUCUCCAGUCGUUGAUUGAAACUGAACUGAUUCCAGAUCAGAUUUAUAAUGUAGGAGUUUUGGGGGUUUCUGUGUUUCGUCUUCAUCACGUUCUCCAUCUCCUUCACCGAGCGACGUCCAGAGAAUAACAGAACCCUGACUGUGUCUCAGGAACGGAGAGAGCGUUAAAGCUUCAUGUGCCUCAGCAGCUUCAGCCCAGUGAAGUGAAGGACGUUUUAGAAGAUGACAGAAAUCUCCACAAACACUUUCAAUCUUCUCACUUUUAUUAAUAUUAAUUUUAAAACAAAAUAGCAGCCUGGAUCUGAACCUUUCCACUCCAGCAGAAAAUCCUGCAUCACUUUUAAAGACUGAAAUGAAAAAGAUUUUCACUCGUCUGCUCGAGCGGCUUCAUCCAUCUCUACUAACCAGUUUACUUUAUUAUUAUUACCAUUAUUAUUGUUAAAUAUAUUUUACUCCGCGAGUGUAGAAAGGUCAUUUCUGUGUGUAAGAGGCAGAGCAGACAUCGCUCUCGGAGUACCUCCUCGACCCCAGGACUUAAUUUAAUUCUUUUCCUUCACCUCCCUCAGGUGAUGAUGAUGAUGAUGAAGGAGAACGUUUCUGAACAGCUGAAUGUAUAAUCCAGAGCUGAAAUUCGACUCCAUCUUUGAUUUAAAAAAAUAAAGACAAUAUUCUAAUUUCACCAUUUCAUUAAACUCCAUGAGCCUCGGCUUUAUAAACCCCAACAAAGAUGGCCGCCGUUUAGCUACGUUAGUUUCAGUGUUAAAUUAAAGAAGGAUGUUUCAGACGACCGGAUUGUUUACGUCUGGUGUCCAUCUGGAAGUUUUAUUUUAUUUUUUAUUUUUUUAAAUAUAUACACUAUAUUGCCAAAAGUUUUGGGACAUCUACCUUUACCUGCACAUGAAUGUAAUAUGGAGUUGUCCCGCCCUUUGCAGCUAUAACAGCUUCAACUCUUCUGGGAAGGCUUUCCACAAGGUUUAGGAGUGUGUUUAUGGGAAUUUUUGACCGUUCCUCUAGAAGCACAUUUGUGAGGUCAGGCACUGAUGUUGGACGAGAAGGUCUGUCUCACAGUCUCCACUCUAAUUCAUCCCAAAGGUGUUCUAUGGGGUUGAGGUCAGGACUCUGUGCAGGCCAGUCCAGUUCCUCCACACCAAACUCACUCAUCCGUGUCUUUAUGGAGCUUGCUUUGGUCACUGGUGUGCAGUCAUGUUGGAACAGGAAGGGGUCAUCCCCAAACUGUUCCCACAAAGAGCAUGAAAUUGUCCAAAAUGUCUUGGUAUGAAGCUGAAGCAUUAAGAGUUCCUUUCACUGGAACUAAGGGGCGGAGCCCAACCCCUGAAAAACAACACCUGAAUUCAAUGAUCUGGAGGGGUGUCCCAAAACUUUUGGAAACAUAGCAUGUAAUAUAACGUGCACUUAGACUGGUAAACAUGGUAUAAAUUUUAGUAGAGUUUUCGGUCUUGUUUUGCUGCUUUCACACUUUUUUUCCUCUCAAACUUUCACAUGUAAUCAGUACAGAGAGAUGUUUAGCGCUUUUUGAGCUCCUGACCAAUCAGAUUGCAGCUCUGAGAACAAGACAAAGGAAAACCAACACUGUGGAUCAGGUGAAAAAUAUUUCUUGGCUAAUGCUCCAGCGUGAAAAUGACACGUGCCUUUUAGUGACGUGACCUGAUGUGACGUCUGGCUUCAGCUGCGUCCGAGCGGUAGCUCAGCACUCAGGACUCUACCUGUCUGACCACACACACCUGAUUUAGCGUGAUUUUAGCUCUGCACUGUGAUUAGCAUGUUUCCGCUAGUCGAUUUGUCCUGAGAAACCACUGACUCUUCGGUCUUUAGACGCAUUUCAGUUCUUCGUGUUUUUGCACUUUUUUAUGGUGGUGUUUUUUUUAAUGCAUUAUGAAUUCAUUUUAAGAAUGUUGUGUAUUUUUUUAAAUAAGGAUAAGAUUGUACUUUAUUCCCGCCGUGUGACUGACGUACCGCUUCACUGAUCCCUCAAAUAAAUGAAAUAUUUCUAAAUC